AUGCGGCUCCAUCCUCUCUCCCUAUUAGUACUCUUUCACCUUGUUGCCAUGGCAGCGGUGCCGUGCGUCUCCAUGAUGACGCCACUCCAGAGUUUCCGAGGCUGCGCAGUGCGCGAGUUCUCCUUUGUGGCCCAGAAGCCUGGCUGCAAAGGGCUGCAUGUCACCACAGAGGCCUGCUGGGGGCGCUGUUACACCUGGGAGAGACCUAUACUUGAGCCCCCGUACAUCCACCGACAUCACCGCGUCUGCACAUACAGUCGCAUCCGACACAUGAUGGCUCGACUGCCGGGCUGCCUGCCCAACAUCUCCCCUCUGUAUCAUUAUCCAAUGGCCCUGCAGUGCCACUGCAACCUAUGCUCUAUGGAGGACACAGAGUGUCAGACCUUUUGAAAGAAGACAGCUUUCUCUUCUGUUGAUAUAAAUAAACUGAAUAAGAUUACAGGGAGUUUUUAAGACGCACAAUUAGUUGUUGCAUAUGUAUACUGAAAGUAGUGUGUACUCAAAUUUCUAUAACAAACAGCAAUCAGUACCAGCUCAAGCAUGAUGUAUUCAUUAAAUAAGCUCAGUGCCUUUGGUAAUAAAGUAUAUUUUUUGUUUUGCAUCAAUAUGAUUAU